AGAAACGUUUAUUAUAAGUUCAUCACUUGAAACAAUUCAUCUUAUUGGUAUCAGUUAGUCUAUGAUCUUCGAUAAUUUCAAAUGCAAAUGCAGGAAACAGUGGAAGGAAAAGGAGAUCAUGAAGCGGCAUUGGCUAUAUGGGACUGUGGCAGCCCCUUGUAUGACUCGUAUGAACUGGCAUCGGUUAGUCAUCUAAUCGAGCGCCAUCUGAUGGCAUUCCCAUCUCUUGGAGGAUCAUCGAAGCGGUUCAUAGCCAAGUUCUCUCAUUCUUCUUCAUCGAAGACGACCUCCACUACUAGUACUACAAUGAAAGAGGCAAAAGGGUCUGAUUCAAUGGAGGAAAACUUGAGCAAGAUCUUGGGGAUCAAGAAGAUGUGGAAGAGGAAGGGUUUGUUUGGAGCAACGAAAGAAAAGACCAAGAAAAUGAAGACUACUGGAUUUUCUGGCUUUUACAGUAGGUUUGGUCUCUGGAGGAAGAAGGAAUGCAGGUGAUAUCAAGUUCAGUAAUU